CGUAAUCCAAAUUGUGUUUGGUUUGACAUCUUGUUUGCUUUCGCUUCUUAGUUUAGGAACACUUUCAACGAAAAGCACUUAUGGAACGUGUUCUUAUUGUGAUUUUGACUGCCAACGCUGUCGUCCGCGUGUAGCUACAAAGAAAUCUGUAAAAAAACUUCUUCGCAUAUUUGGAUACGGCUUGCGGAGACCAGAGUACCUGCAUAACUGUCUCAAGAACGCUACGAGGGUUCAAAAGACGCCACAACUGCAUGAAACCUGUAGAGGAUGUAUGGAGAGGCACAUCGCGAAGGAACGUGUAAUCCGUGUGCAAUACCACAAAUGCCAAGUGCAGAGCAGCUCCUCAGCCCCGCAAACCAUUGGAGCGCCUAGUGCUCCGCAGACAUGAUCUCUGCAGACAAGAACCCUGAUCCGGAAGACACAAACGAGGCAACACUGUGCAUUAUAAACGAUCGAUGCCCGGGCUGGCCACUGCGUAAGCAGCUGAUGGAUCGGCUUGGCUUCUCGGAUGGAUUUGACCUCCGUUGUGGCUGGAGGAAGAAGGACGACGGCGACGUUCGGACCUGUUGGGUACUGGAUAACCUCGUCUGCCUCAACGAAAUCAUCUCGCGCGGAAGGAUACAGCUGACCGAAGAACACCCGGGAGAAGUUACACUGUGCUCCUGGAACACCGGCUGUUACAAGAGUUCCUGUUACAGUCACCAGGUCGUCCUGUUCCUUGUCGAGCACCACUCUUGCAUCAUGCAUUUCAACCUGGGUCGCGUCCGUCAGACGAUGCUGAGAGAGAUCUUGAGUGCGCUCUCGAGGCGAACAGACUUGCACAGCUUCAGCGUCACCGAGGUGAUCCCAACGAGCACCGGCUACGGCCUGAGGUGGGGCGGGAGUUCUUUGCCCUGUCGUGUUGAGAGGCCAAUCAUCGAUCUCGUCGAUAAGUGCGACUCGCUCACUGCAUUCGAGCUGCACGAGGACAAGAUGCGGCCCGCCGCGGCAGAAAAUCUGGGCCACGUCCUCUCUCGCAAGUCUUCGCUGAAGAAGCUGUCCCUGCGGAACGAAUACACCAUCCGUGCCUUCCUCGAGAGCCUCGGCGAACAGCCGCGGAGCGGCGUCGACGUAGAACACGUCUCCUUUGCAAACUGCAACUACAUGUCCAUGGCACGUCUGGCCGAGAUAUUGGUGACAAACGCCACCAUCACCCACCUGGACCUCUCGGGAAACCGUUGGCUCCCGUACGGCGGCUCGCAGGACGCCGGCGUGACCGCCGUCGCCAAGGCGCUCCACUCGAACAGGUCCGUUCAGGCGCUCAUUCUCGUCAAUGCCAAUAUCGGCCCAGGAGGGCUCAGGGCGUUGGUGGAUAUGUUGCUGGAAAACACCGCGUUGUCGUGCCUGGACAUCUCACAGAACUACAUCCCGUACGACGAAUGCGUCCGCUUCUCCGAAGCCGUACGUGCCACGGCCACGUUGAAAGAGCUCAGGCUGCAUGACUGCAGGGUUUGCUUUGCGGGCGUGAAGAGCAUUCUGCUAGCCCUGAAGGAGAACCGCAGCGGGCUGUCGGUGGACUUCGGAAACCACUGGUCCAUCGACUGCACCCCUUUCGAGGUGCUCGACCUCAUACUGGCCGAGAGGGUCGACAGAGUUCCGUUCAACUGGACCGCGGGCACCAUAAAGAAGGUCGGGUGCAUUCCAGACUGGUGCCACGACGUAAGCGUGAGCCUCAGCAACAGUAACCUGGGAGCCGAUAAAUUGUUGGAGUUGAAGCGGUACCUGCAGAAGGCUUCCGCGAAGGUGAGCAACCUGAACGUGCGCUGCAGCGAAGGGUCGGAACAGGUGUGUCUGCGGCUCGCCAGCCUGCUCUCGCGGCAGGGCACGAUCGAGGAGCUCGAGUUUAGUUGCAAGCCCGUGCGUGUCAACGUGUUGAAAGAGUUUGCGGAAGCCGCGGCCGCGAAUACGGGCCUGAGAAAGUUGCGCUUCGGCAUGUUCACGAGGCAAGGCAUGGGGCGUCCAGUGGGGAUCGUCAAGUCAAUCCCGUUGGCCGACACGUUGAGGAAGAGCAAGACGUUGGAAGCCGUGGAGUGCGACCUCAUCUUCAACAGGCAAGCGUUGCGGGAGUUUUCGAAGCACCUCGAAGAGAACUACGCGUUGACGGAGCUCCGAUUUUGCAUUCGGAACGAGAACUUCGACGUGGUGCGAAAGCGACACCACAUCGGGAGAAGGAACACUGUUUUACAGCAGCAGGCGCUCCACUUUGUGUUGCAGGACACAAUGGUGCGUCGCUGGGCCGAGGCCUUCUCGCUGACUCACGACACCGCGACCCUGAGGAGGAAAGUUCAAGAAGCGACGGGGAGGACUGCGGAGGACGCGGAGUGCCUCGUGCGGGCAAAGUGGUUCACGCUGUGCAUCAACUUUUUCAAAAUCACGGAGGUUGUGAAAGGGAGGAUUGUGUGCAAUGUGUCGUCGCCAGGAAUCGUGCAGAUCGACAGGUUGGACCUCCCCUUGCUCGCUCACGUGGCAUCUUUUCUGAAAGUGCACGAUAUCAAAACGUGACGCUGAAAUCUGUCGUUUCAGAUCGCCGACGCAUGCCAUCCAAGUGCUCUACGGGGUGUCCUAGAAAAUGUGUCAAUAAAUUAUAAUAAAAGAAACAACAACACGUAGAAUCAUGCGGUCAACGGCAUCUGUUUUUACUAGGUUUUUGCCACCCCCUGAUGCGAACGUCAUCUAACUUAAGUUUCGUUAUGUCAGUUUUUACGCAGAAAUUUGCCAAAUAAAGUCAGCUUUUUUUACCCCACCAUUGCGAAGCGCGUGUCGGAUUUACUCAAGCUCAUGAUAAUUGACACGGAUAUAGGGGAGCUAUACCAUUGGAAAAAAUAGCCCAACAAGGCGCGUUUCGGAGCGCCCGAAGUCUAGUGCUCGAGUUUUUGCGUGGUUUCGCAGUCAGUCCAGCAAAUGGUGGUGGCUAAACCCAGCCCACACAGGGACGGUAGAAAACGUGAGUUCUUGAAAUUGGAAGAGGGAAGGCAUGAUCCCUGCGGAAGCCGGUCGCAAUAAGCCCAUGCCUCUCGCAUCUUUUUCGAUCAUCCCUGCGUGUGCUGUGUUUAACGACCUUCUUUCGUCUGACUGAGAGAGAGGGCGCGCAAAAAGUUCUCGAGCGCCAAGUUUUGGACGCUCCGAAACACACGACGUCCGGCUGUUUUUUUUUUUUUGUUUUUUUUUUAUGAGAUCCUCAACAUCCGUGUCAAUUAUCGUGAACUCGAGUAAAUUUGGCACGCGCUUCACAUUGGUGAGGUGAAAAAGCGACCUUUACUUGAUAAACUUUGGAGUUCAGUUAGGAAAGGCUGGCAUAAUAAAACUCGAGUUAGACGACUUUUGCAUCAUGCGUUUUGACACCAUCAAAAAAGAUGGUGUCAAAAACAAGCAGCAGAAUAUAUUGGACCAAUAUUGCCGAUAUUGACCCAAUCUUGGCCCAGUGUUGGGCCGGCAUUGCAAAUAUUGGCCCAAUCUUGGAUCAGUAUUGGGCCAGAAUUGCCAAUGUUGGACCAGUAUUGGGCCGGCAUUGCAAUAUUGGCCCAAUCUUGGACCAGUAUUGGGCCGGCAUUGCUAAUAUUGGGCCAAGAUGUUGUGCUGCUUGGGUACGAAGAAUAAAUGCCACUGACCGGGUGAUUCUGGGUGGCGUAGUUUUUUUAUUAUAAUUUAAUCGCACGUUUUCUGGGACACCCUGUAGAAGGACCAUUUGUUUUUAUUGGAUGCCACAGGCAUACACACUUUCUUUCUCUUCUUUUUUUUUUUUAGUUUGUGUGAAUCUCAAUUCUUUUAGCGUGCAAACGUGCAAAACUGACGUCGUUUCGUGGCACGAGGAAGAAAUGCCAAUAUAGCGUGUGUUCUGGGUGUGGCAUAUUCUCUGGUGUCAGGACGAGGACACCCAUCCGCCGGUCUCUCGCCCUCCAUCAAAAACAUCUACUAGUAAUGUGCGCGCACUGAAUAUAGUAUGUAAAUAUUCUCGGCAUUAAAGUGGCAGGUUUUGUGGA